AAAGAGAGAGAGAGAGAGAAAUAUAUAUACAAAUAUAUUAAAAGUUACUUUCAUUUUCACAAGAAUGUAAAAUAUACAAAGCAAUAAUAUAUUUAUAUCUGAAUUAAAAAAAAAAAAAGAGAAUGAAUUGAAUGAAAGACGAGGCCUCAUUCAAACGUAAAUAGAAUUAUAUCAUAAAAUAAAUAAACAAAAAUCGUUUGAAUAGGAAAUUACACUUGUCGAGAAAUGCCUUUUUGUUCGUAUAUUGUUUAUUCAUAUUUUCAUUUAAUGGCAUAUAAUAAUUAAAAAAAAAUAAAUUAAAUUUUUACUUUUUUAAUUUAGACAAAAUUGUAUAAUAAAAAUUUAUUGUCAUCAUUAUUAUUGCUCGUCAAUACGCCAAAGCAAUACGUGCCGAUUCGGACUUUUCAUUCUUCGACAUGAUAGAUGUUACUCAGAAGAACUUAAAUAGUUUACUCACGAUCCUUUUAUAUAUAUACUUCACAAGAUUUCAUUGACUACAGGAACGUAGUAUGAGACAUUGUUUCUUAUCUUUAUUAAUCCUUAACAGGUUGAAUGCCACGCGAAUUUUACCGGGAUUGUCCGUGGCGCCACGAUGAAUUUUCUAUACAUAUAAUGUUGAAAUAUUACCUGUAAUAGAUAAGUUACAGUGUAUAAACAUGUUUGGCAUGUUAAUUGCGGCGGGCGCUGGAGUACGAUUUCGCGCAAUCGUCAAUUAUCUCAUAGUGCUUCUUCGCGUUGUUGAGUAAUAGUGUCAUGAUUUUAUUAUUUUCUAGAGUGUUAAACAAUCAGUUAACCCAUAAAGUUAUGAUUUCAAAUGAAAAUUCUGCAUCAAGCAAUUUAACUGAUGAUAUAUUUUUACCAAAUCAGUUGUCAGAUAGUGAGGAAAGUUUCUCGAGCAGUUUGUCUGAUAUGAUAAUACCAUAUUCAGUACGUCGCCGUCGAAUUGAUUUAUAUAGUGAAAGCGAAUUUCAAGAUGAUGGUAAUAAUGACGAAAAUAAUACACAAGAAGAGGUACGUGAUAUAAAUUGGCAUAUACCUUCGUGUAAUCAACCAAAGAUUAUAUUUUCUAAUUCAUCGGGAAUCAAUACACAUCAUUCUGAAAUUUUUAAAUUUACUGAACCGCAUAGUUUUUAUUGUCUUUUUGUUUCGAAUGAAAUAUUUGAAAUAAUUGCAAACCAAACAAAUAAAUAUGCUGCGAAAAUAGUAUUAGAACAGCGAGCACGUCGUCUUGAUAGAUGGAUUGAAACAAAUCCGAAUGAAAUAAAAAGAUUUUUUGGCUUAAUUAUAUGGAUGGGAUUAGUGCGAUUACCCAAAAUUCACCUGUAUUGGAGUAGAAAUUAAAAAUAUCACCAGACAUUCCCAAGUACAGUGAUACCGAGAAAUCAAUUUGAAUUACUUUUACGGUUCAUUCAUUUUAGUAAUGAAGAAAACGAUUCUAGUAAUAGAUUAUCCAAAAUUAUUCACAUUAUCGACAUAUUAAACAGAAGUUUUAAAGAAUACUACAAUCCAGAUGAAAUAUUAUGCGUAGACGAAUCAUUGGUGCCCUCCCAAGGCCGCAUAAUAUUUCGACAAUAUUUGAAACUGAAAUGGCAUCGAUAUGGAAUUAAAUUUUUUGAAUUAUGCUGUGGUACUUAUACUAUAUACUUACUCUUUUGAAAUAUACUCGAGAAAAGAAAAAAAUAGAGAUAAAACAGCAGGAACCGUAUCGUCCGAGAUUGUAAUGUCUCUUUGCAAAGAUAUAUUAGGUAAAGGGCAUACUGUCUGCACAGAUAACUGGUAUACGAGUGUUGAUCUGGUAGAAAAGUUAAUAGCAAAGAAUCCACAUUUAAUGGAUACACUACGGAAAAAUCGAUGUAGAAAUUCAGUAGAAGUAGUAUCCAAAAAAUUAAAACGUGGAGAACUCAUUGCUCGCGAAAAUAAAUCCGGAAUAACAAUUUUAAAAUGGAAAGACAAGAGAGAUGUAUUGAUGCUUUGAACGAAACAUUCUGCAGAAAUGACUACUGUACAUACGAAAUUUUAUUCGUGUGAAAAACCAAAAAUGGUUGUGGAAUAUAAUCUAGGAAAAUCAUCAGUCGAUUUAUCAGACCAAAUGACAGCUUAUAAUUCACCACUAUGCAAAACUUUAAAGUGGUAUAGAAAAUUAGCAAUAGAACUCUUAUUGAAUACAUAUAUGGUAAAUUCAAUGAUAUUAUUCAAGCAGGUAACAAGAAAAGAUAUUCAAAUUUCCGACUGCAGAAUGAAAGUUGCAUUGUAUUUAACAAAAUGUCGUGAUAAUGAUGCUGAAGUUUCCAUUUCUCCACGUGAAAGUUUGCUGAGAAAACCAUGACAUGAAUUAAAAGCAAUGCCGGGAAAAGCUCGAACGGUGCGAAGAUUUUGUAAAAUUUGUUACCAAAAAAAUUCAAAGAAGCUAAGAAGAAUAAUUGCAAAAAACUGCAGCAAAAAAGUCGUGAGAUAUUGUAAAGAUUGUGCUUGUUCACCCUUUCUUUGUUUAGAAUAUUUCAAUACGACACAUCGUAACGUGCGCGCAUAAUAAAACUAUAU